AUGACUUCCCUUAAUUUCUGGAACUGUAGGGGGGCCAAUAAGAAGGAGGCUUCCCUCUAUCUCAAGGAGAUAGUAAAAGAUAAUGAAGGUUGUUUUAUUGGUCUUGUUGAAACCAAAAUCACUAAUCUUGAUAGAACUGAUGUUGAUAAAGUUAUUGGUAAAGAUUGGGACUUCUUUCACCAUCCUUCUGAAGGCAAUUCAGGUGGAAUCAUUACUUUGUGGAACAAGAACAUAAUUUCUUUUGAAGUAUUGGAUCACUCAUCUCAAGCUAUUAUUGGCAUGCUCAAAUCUCCUCUAUUUGGCAAUUGGAUGGUGGGAACUGUAUAUGCAAACAAAGACUAUCGGAUAAGGAGGAAUCUUUGGGAGAUGAUUGAAAAGGCAACAAUAGAAGACAUUCCUUCAAUUAUUGGAGGGGAUUUCAAUUGUUUAUUAUCCAAUGAUGAUAAGAGAGGGGGAAAGAGAUUCCUUUUCUCUAAAGAAACCUGGAAUUCUUAUCCUGCUGCUAAAAGCAUUGUUUCUAAUGCUUGGAGGAAAAGUGACUAUGGAAAUGAUAUGGAGAUUCUACAAAAGAAACUUAAAAGAUCUUUGAGGUCUCUUUACUUUUGGAGUAGGAGCAAAUGCAAAUGUCUCAACUCUCUUAAAGAAGAGCUAAAAAUUGAAAUUUCUAAUCUUCAGCUGGAGGAAUCAUCUCUUGGUGGGCUAUCAGAUGAAAAACUGAAAUUACUUAGAUCUAAAGUUAAUGAUUUCAACAUAACCUUGAAAAGACUAUCUACAUGGUGGAAUCAAAGAGCCAAAGUUAGAUGGCAUGAAGAAGGGGAUGUUAACUCAAAUUUCUUUCACAAUUUUGCUUUAGCAAAGAGAAAUGGAAAUCUUAUUAGACAAAUCAAGAAUGAUGAGAAUAUAUUGGUAGAAGAUGUUGAGCAGAUUUCAGCUGUUUUUCAGCGAUUCUUUGAGAAAAAAUGGUAUUCUAAAAACUGCAAUUUAGAUAAUUGGCCUCAUUUCCCUGAAGAUAAAAAGCUCAAUGAUCUGGACAUUAAAUUGUUAAGCUCUGAUUUCACUGAAGAAGAGCUUAAAACUGCUGUCUUUCAGCAAGGAAGGAAUAAAUCUUCGGGCUUAGAUGGUGUUUCGCCUGUUUUUUUUCAAAAUUUUUGGAAUAUUGUAAAAGAUUCAACUUGGAGAGCAGUAGACAAAUUCUUUAAAUCUGGUUACAUGAUUGAUGAUUGGAAGGAUACUUUAAUAGUAUUAAUCCCCAAAAUCAAGCAUCCGACUGUUCCUUCAAAUUUCAAACCAAUAAGUUUAUGUCAAACCUCCUACAAAUUGGUUGCAACCAUGCUUGUUAAUAGAAUAAAACUCUGUAUCUCCAAAUUAAUCUCAGAAGAACAGAUUGCUUUCAUGUCAGGGAGAUCCAUGUCCGAUCAUUGCUUACUUUCUCAAGAAAUCUUCAACAAGUUCAAGACUUCUAAAGACAAGAGAUUUAAUGGCUAUAAAAUUAGAUAUGGAACAAGGUUUUGA